AUGAUAUUCUACGCGAUCGAAGCCCUCAAGGCGAAAUUCUCAACUCUGUGGCUCUCCGACGCCAAUCACCCACGGUCGGAGGCUCCCGAUAAAGGCAAUUACCGGACCGGACCACAUGACGGCGGCGCAGAUCUCGGUCGUUCUCGAGUACUGCCCACCCCAGCGGCCCCUCAGAUGGAAAAUAUCCAAGCACACGGCGUCGCACCGGUCCUAUCCCUCCGAGCCAAGACAAGGCCUGCGCAGCUGCAUUGCAUGGAUCCAUGCCACGGGUUGACAGCGCUCAGGAGUGCGGGCUUGGUCGCAUGGGGGGAUAUCGAUUUGGGAGUAUGA